CCAUUGUCCGGUCGUUGGAAUGGAUGCGCCAUGAGAUGCGCGCGUGGUGUACGCGUAUUACGGGUCUUUAUAAGAGUUGCAUCAUUACUGAUCGUUACACGUGAGGCUGGGCACGCCGCGUUUCCUGCUUUUCGCCGAAAUCCUAUCGAAAGAAGGCCAAGAUGUUGACCGCCGCGAGAUUAUUGAACCGCAGCUGCACCGGCGUUGCCUGCGAUCUGACCAGAAAACAACAAUUCAGCACGAUUUUGAAAAAUGUCGCAGCUCCAACAGUCACUGUACCAAACCGAUUUACCGAUAUGCAACAGUAUCGGUAUAAAUCUGAAGGCGUAAAGGGUGCAGUUAUCGGUAUAGACCUUGGAACCACUUUUUCCUGCGUAGCAGUGAUGGAGGGCAAGCAAGCUAAAGUUAUAGAAAAUGCUGAAGAUUCUAGGACUACGCCAUCUUAUGUUGCUUUUUCAAAAGAUAACGAACGUUUAGUUGGCAUGCCUGCAAAACGUCAAGCAGUUACAAACUCUGUUAAUACAUUUUAUGCAACAAAACGGUUAAUUGGACGAAGAUUUGAAGAUCCUGAAGUGAAAGAGGAUAUGAAGAGUGUAACAUACAAAAUUGUAAAGGCGUCUAAUGGAGAUGCAUGGGUUCAAGGUACGGAUGGAAAAAUGUAUUCUCCCAGUCAAAUUGGAGCAUUUGUACUUAUGAAAAUGAAGGAAACUGCUGCGGCUUACUUAAAUACUCCAGUAAAGAAUGCUGUUAUUACUGUACCAGCGUAUUUUAAUGAUUCACAACGACAAGCAACAAAAGAUGCUGGUCAGAUUGCUGGAUUGAACGUUCUUCGUGUAAUUAAUGAACCAACUGCAGCUGCACUUGCUUACGGAAUGGAUAAACAAGAAGAUAAAAUUAUUGCUGUUUAUGAUUUGGGUGGAGGUACCUUUGAUAUUUCGAUUUUAGAAAUCCAGAAGGGUGUCUUUGAAGUAAAAUCCACAAAUGGAGAUACAUUUUUGGGAGGAGAAGAUUUUGACAAUUCAUUGGUUAAUUAUUUCGUAUCCGAAUUCAAAAAAGAACAAGGUAUAGAUGUGACUAAAGAUGCAAUGGCAAUGCAAAGAUUGAAAGAAGCUGCAGAAAAGGCUAAAAUAGAGUUAUCAAGUUCCCUUCAGACGGAUAUAAAUCUUCCCUACCUUACUAUGGAUUCUAGUGGACCAAAGCAUUUAAAUCUUAAGUUAUCCAGAAGUAAAUUUGAAAGUCUCGUAAAUGAUCUGAUUAAACGUACUGUUCAACCAUGUCAGAAAGCGCUUUCUGAUGCCGAAGUAACAAAAUCUGAUAUCGGGGAAGUUUUAUUGGUCGGUGGUAUGACCAGGGUUCCCAAAGUACAACAAACCGUUCAAGAAAUAUUUGGCAGACAACCAUCGAAAGCUGUAAACCCGGAUGAAGCCGUAGCUGUUGGUGCUGCAGUUCAAGGAGGUGUACUUGCAGGAGAUGUAACAGAUGUUUUGCUUCUUGACGUUACACCUUUGUCAUUAGGUAUUGAAACACUUGGUGGUGUAUUUACGAGAUUGAUCUCUCGUAAUACAACUAUACCUACAAAGAAGAGUCAGGUAUUUUCUACGGCAGCAGACGGUCAAACACAAGUCGAGAUUAAAGUUCAUCAAGGCGAACGAGAAAUGGCUGGUGAUAAUAAGCUUCUAGGACAGUUUAGUCUUGUUGGUAUUCCACCUGCACCAAGAGGUGUACCACAAAUAGAAGUAACAUUCGAUAUCGAUGCAAACGGUAUUGUCCAUGUAUCAGCCAGGGAUAAGGGAACUGGCAAAGAGCAACAAAUUGUUAUUCAAUCUAGUGGUGGCCUUAGCAAAGAUGAAAUUGAAAAUAUGGUUAAGAAUGCUGAACAAUAUGCAAAGGCAGAUAAAAUUAAGAAGGAAAGAGUUGAAGUUGUCAAUCAAGCAGAAGGAAUUAUACAUGACACAGAAUCGAAGCUAGAAGAAUUCAAAGCGCAGUUACCACAGGAAGAGUGUGACAAACUUAAAGAACUAGUUGCAAAACUACGAGAGAUUUUGGCUAAGAAAGAUGAUGUGGAUCCUGAAGAAAUCAAGAAGCAAACGAGCGAACUCCAACAAGCGAGCUUGAAAUUAUUUGAAAUGGCGUACAAAAAGAUGGCAGCGGAGAGAGAAAGUCAAAAUCAAAGUCAAUCACAACAGGAACCUGAAGGCGAGAAGAAGGAAGAGAAAAAUUAAUUCUAAUUAAAUAAUUUACGUUCUGUAAAAAAGGAAAGCAGAUUCCAUUCACAUACACUUGUAUAAACGUUUGCUGUUCUGUAAGCUCAAAGGAACCGUUUAUUCUAGUGAAGAAAAGAAAAUAUAAAUUAAAAUUUCAAUUCUGCGAUAACAACCGACUAGAAAUAAAGUA